AUGCUCAAGCAACUUAGCCUCCUCGCCCUCGCCGGCCUCAGCGCUGCCACCAACGUCGGCAGCGCCCGCGUCGUCAACAACUGCGACCACCCGGUGACGCUGUGGUCUGUCGGCGGCGACAUCUCGGCCGCGCACACACUCGCCAAGAACGGCGGCAAGUACGCCGAGCAGUACCACCGCGACCCCAAGACGGGCGGCAUCGCCCUCAAGAUCACCCUAGCGAACAACGGCAUCUACACGGGCGCCGCGCAGACCAUCUUCGCCUACACCCUCGACCCGAACGCGGUCUGGUACGACCUGAGCUCCUCCAUGGGCGAUGCCUUCGCGGGAAAGCGCCUGACGGUGACGUCGUCCAACACGCAGUGCCAGGGCAUCGUCUGGGCGGACGGCCGCACGCCCGCGGGUAGCCAGGUCAAGGUGUGCACGCCCGACAGCGACACGACCCUCACUUUGUGCGCGGCCAAGUAA